UUAGAUCUCAAUAAAAUAAAAAGGAUGACACAAAAACGCAUUAGCGCACACCAAGUAGUACCAUAUUGUCAAAGCUACAGCGUUUACAUUGGUGGAAGAAACUCCGAUCACUGAUGAGCUCCGACGCUUCCGACUCGUCCGGCGGGGGUAGUGCUUCGACGGCCGACAAGGACAAGCAGAAGGAGAAGGAGAAGGCCCGAGCCAGCACCUCCCUCAUACUCUGGCACGCCCACAACAACGACGGCGUCGCCGUCCGCAAGCUCCUCGAGGAGGAUAGCUCCCUCGUCCACGUCCACGACUACGACAACCGCACUCCGCUCCACGCCGCCUCGCUCCACGGCUGUAUCGACGUCGCCAACUGCCUUAUUGAGCAUGGCGCCGAUGUCAACGCCCAAGAUCGCUGGAAGAACACCCCUCUGGCUGAUGCAGAAGGAGCUAAGAAGCAGGCGAUGAUUGAGCUUCUGAAAUCGAACGGUGGCUUGUCUUAUCUCUGUUUUCGAGUGUUUCUGGUGCUGCAGGGCCACAAUGGGAGCCAUUUCGGACCGAAGCCCGUGCCGCCCCCUCUUCCCAGCAAGCGUGAUUGGGAGAUUGAACCGUCCGAGCUCGACUUCACCAACUCACUUACCAUUGGGAAGGGAUCGUUUGGUGAGGUUUUAAAAGUGCAUUGGCGUGGAACUGAAGUAGCUGUCAAGCGAAUUCGUCCAUCUCUUUCCAGUGAUAGAAUGGUGAUCCAAGACUUCCGGCAUGAAGUUGAUUUGCUAGUGAAGUUUCAUCACCCUAAUAUAGUCCAAUUUCUUGGAGCUGUCACUGAGAAGAAGCCCCUUAUGUUAAUAACGGAGUAUUUAAGAGGGGGUGAUCUUCAUCAGUACCUCAAGGAAAGGGGUGCACUUAGUCCUACAACAGCAAUUAACUUUGCUUUGGAUAUUGCCAGAGGCAUGGCGUAUCUUCACAACGAGCCAAAUGUUAUAGUUCACCGAGACCUAAAACCAAGAAAUGUUCUCUUAGUAAAUUCCAGUGCCGACCAUUUAAAAAUCACAGAUUUUGGAUUAAGCAAGCUCGUCAAGGUUCAGAAUUCUCACGAUGUAUACAAGAUGACUGGCGAAACUGGAACCUACCGCUAUAUGGCCCCCGAAGUUUUUAAGCACAAGAGAUAUGAUAAGAAGGUUGACGUGUUCUCUUUCGCAAUGAUAUUGUACGAGAUGCUUGAAGGGAACCAACCACUUUCGGAUUACGAGGCUUAUGAAGCAGCCAAAUAUGUGGCGGAAGGACGCAGGCCUUCGUUUCAUGGAAAAGGGCACACCCCUGAACUGAAAGAGUAAGUCAGUUCUGUAAUUUUUCCGUCAAACAAAAUGUUCGC